GUUUGUCGCCUCUGAACAAGCACAGAUAGGCUGUGGCCUCAUUGUCAGGGUCCUCUAAAGUGUGUCCAUGACGCCUGAUCCAUCGCGUCAACACCAUCAAGACACAGACUGGGUGUGGUGAUAAUGUAUUGAUCAGAUUGUGAUUGAUAGCCUCUCAGGGUAUAUAAGGGAAGUUCUUCCCUUGCAGCACAGAUCUGAACGUCCAAAGAUAAAGUCACCAUGCUGUCUGUGGCUCUGUUAUACCUCCUAGCUGUGAUUUGUUCUGCAAGACGGACACAAGCGCUACCUCUGUACCCUGACCUGGAACCACAGGCAGGUAAGGCUCUUAUUUAUAUCAUUACUCUUAUUUCUUUUUGUCUUUUGUUUUUAAAUGUAAAAGUUUUGAAUUCUUUUAGAAAACUGACAAGAAAAGGUAUUUUUCCUUGUAGCACAACCAGGAGAUAACUUAUCCAAACUCUGAUCAAUUUCACAAUUAAUAAUUGUAUAAUUGGAUAUUGGAUAAUUGAAGAGACAUGGUUUCAUCCCAACAGAUUUCAUUCAGAAGUUUGUGUCAGAGGUGGAGGAUGGAGCGAACGCUGCUGAGGGGGAGCAGAGAGAAGUGAAUAAUUUGCUUCCUCUGCUAAUGCAGCAUAAUGAAGGAAGGAACUCAUGGACUAAAGGUGAAAAGAAAAAAUAUACAAUGCAUCUAAGUACUGAAAAAAAACCAGUCUUAACCAUCAUCAGUUAAAAAAAUAAAUGUUUUAUUUUGCCUCUAUUUUAGGGACCAAAGAUUUAGGAACACAAGACAAGUUUGCAAACAUGGUAAGGAUGGUUUUCUGCUCUUGUUUUCACUAUUUUGUACUUCAAAGAAAUAGAAAAAGCCUUUAACAGAAAAAAAAGGGAAAAUAUAAGUAUAUAUUCACAGCUAAAAUUUGUUAUUCCUUGGUUGAGAUUUCAAGCACUUCAACUGCUGAUUCAACUUCAUUAAUCAGAAUGAUGUACCAGAAUCUGAGGCUGAGUUGAGGUUUAAAUAAGCCGGGUGUUUUUACUAAUGUCUGUUAAUCCUGGAACCUGACUGUGAUGUGCUGAGUACAUAUUUCAUAUUAACACUUUUAUCACUAUAUCUGCAAUAAUGUGAUAUUUGCACAGUAUUUUGUUAUAUAAAUUUGCUGUUAGAAUGAUAAUAAAUUUGAAAAAGGAUUUAAGUUCAUCAUUAUAUUCAGGUGAAUGGAUGCAUUUAUAUUGUUAAGCUUACAUUUAUAUUUAUUUACUGUAGACACAUCAAAAUUAAUCUGUUCAGGGAGCUGCUAGAUUGAGCCACUGUUUUUUUCCCAAUGUGAUAUUAUUGUAUUAUUUGUAUGCUUUUAGGUGGAGGACCUCAGGGAAGCAGUUUUAAAGCUGACGGCAGCGGACAAGCUCCGUGCUCAGGGUUUUCUCAGGUCAGAGCAGAGCCUGCCAAAAACAAACAAAAGAGGUCAGUGACUAAUGUUGUCAUUAUCAAUGACAUUCCACACCUGCUCUUUAUACAGUAGUGCUAAUGCAAAACCUGUCAUAUCAAAGUGAAACUUAUGAUAGUGGCUAUGCCAUUUAAGAUUGUAUUACAUCUUGCACUAUUCAUGUAGGCAGUUAGAGGCUAUGUAUUCAACACAAUUUUUGGAUCAAAUAUUAAACUCGUAGGUUUCAAAUGCUCUUAGCCUAUUUGAAGAUCAAACAGAAAUGUUUCAACUGAGAAAACUGACAUCAGUGUCAAUAACUGUAUACACAGCCCACUUUUCAGGGAUUACAGAUAACAAUGCGAUUCAAAAUGUAAUGAUCCGUCUUUGUUGAAAAAAUUUAAGAUUUUAAAAGGUAGUAAUUGCAGUUGCAGUAAUGAAAUUUGCAUCAAUAAACAAGUAAACACUCAGUAAUUGUCUCUCAAUGAGUGACUUGUAGUUUUCAGCAGAUUUUGAGGCAUCUUUUGACUACUUUUGAUUAAUAACAGUUUUUAUAAGACUAAUUUUUUGGGCUUUUUAGAGGCAGAUAGGGAACAGUAGAUAGAGCAGGAAACAGAGGAGGGAAUGGGGAAUGACAUGCAAAAGGGGGUCACUGGGUAGAAUUAAACCCGGGGUGCACCUUGACUACUAGGCUUGGCGCCCUAAUAACUAUUUUUUUAUUAAUGAUAUUUACUUCCUAUUUGGUGACAUUUUUAAAAAAAAUCUGUAAAACAGUGUUUUAUCAUCGGUGUUAACACUCGUGUCUGUACUUGGGUGGUAAAAACCUCAGAAAAAUGCAUGAAGUUACAUCAGUGUCAGUAUAUAACAAAAUUUUAAUGGACUGGCUAUAAUCUUUAAUAUAGUUACACAAAGUGUUAGACCCAAGUGUUUUUAGAACAUUUGAUAUUCUCAGUCUACAUAUAAUUAGAGUAGUGUUAUUUUAAUAGGAAAAGGGAAAACAUUUGUGGAAGUAAUAGACAAGGUAAGGCUUUUCUUUAGAGAUACAAAUAAAAAGUCAUUAUCAAAAUAAAUGCUUGGUGAAAUAAGUGAAAUGUUUGGACUGAAAACUGUGUUUUGGUCCCUGACUUUUCCUCCUGAUGUCUUGACAGCAUGUUUCUGGAAAUACUGUGUCACCAACUGAGGUCAAGCUCGAGGACAUUUUGUGUGUCUUCUGUUCAGACUGAUCAGGACCGCCAUCGUUUUUCAUCCGUCACUCCUGUCAACCACCGAACAAAGUAUGCACCAUCUGUACUGAAUCAACAGAAUAUAUUUUGGGAGCUGUAAUUUUCUUUUGUUGCUUGAGAAUAAACUUGAAUAUCAGAAAUGC